ACGUAAAACCAAUAAAACGUCAACCAAACGGUGCAUCGCUUUUGCUUUUUCCGUAGUUGAAGAAGAUCAUCGCACAAACGAAACGAGGGCCCGAUAGUGAGAAUAAUGGCAUUUCAGACCGGUCGAACCAGACCGCCGAACCGGAACGCACGCAACAACGAGGGGCGUCAGAAUUACGCCUUUGAUGCCGGGCUCUUAUCCGGCGCACGCCCAAACGUAGCCGAUCGCGAUGGUGAAGAUUCUGACUUGCAGUUCAGCUCUGACUCGGAGAGCUCCUCCGACUCGGAUGGCGAGUCGACGCGGUUGUCGGGACUCGCGGCGAGCUUCCGAGUGGUGUCCGAUUCGCUUCUGAGAAUGGAGCAAACAGAGCUGGAGAUGGCCAAGGCGAGGGAGGCUUUGCGGUUGAAAGCGGAGAAGCAGCGGGUUGAGCUGGAGGCCGAGUUGACUCAGAUGCUGUUGCAGACUCAGUUGCAGGUGGCGUCGUUGGUUUCGAGGCAGAGUCCGAGGCGUAAAAGGAAGCGAGUUGAAGAAGCAGAUGAGUCGCCGUCGCCGUCGUCAUCAAUCUCACAAAGGGAAGGAGCUUUGGUGUUGAGCCUUGUUCAAUGCAAUUUGCUAUUUUAGUAAUUUCACCGCUAAUAAUGGGGGUGGUUUGUUGAUCAGAAUUCAGAUGUCCCAUUGACUGGUUUGUUUAUUUCAUUUUAGCUCCAGCUCCAAGCCUCUAAAAUGGAGGCAGUGCUUCAUAUGCUUGUGCCUACCUGUAUUACAUUUCAA